UCCUCCUCAUGAACGGGAAGACCUCUUCAUACAGAAGUUACGACAGUGCUGUGUCCUCUUUGACUUUGUUUCUGAUCCACUCAGUGACUUGAAAUUCAAAGAGGUCAAACGAGCAGGACUCAAUGAAAUGGUGGAAUAUAUUACUCAUAAUCGGGAUGUUGUCACAGAAGCUAUUUAUCCUGAAGCAGUUAUCAUGUUUUCAGUGAAUCUCUUCCGGACACUUCCACCAUCAUCUAAUCCUACAGGAGCAGAAUUUGAUCCUGAAGAAGAUGAACCUACGCUAGAAGCUGCUUGGCCUCAUCUCCAGCUGGUAUAUGAAUUCUUUCUGAGGUUCUUAGAGUCUCCAGACUUUCAACCAAACAUAGCCAAGAAAUAUAUUGACCAGAAGUUUGUAAUGUCACUGUUGGACUUAUUUGAUAGUGAAGAUCCCAGAGAACGAGACUUUCUGAAGACAAUUUUGCAUAGGAUUUAUGGAAAGUUUUUGGGCCUCCGUGCAUAUAUAAGGAGGCAAAUAAACAACAUAUUUUAUAGGUUUAUUUAUGAGACAGAACAUCACAAUGGGAUUGCAGAAUUGCUAGAGAUUUUAGGGAGGUAAGAUAGUUCUAUGUUACUCUAUUUUUUAUCAGUACUUUUUUUGAUUCGGGUCUUGUUACCAUUACACAAAGUGAAAUCUUUGAGUGUCUAUCACCCUCAGUUGGCAUAUUGUGUUGUGCAGUUCUUGGAAAAAGACAGCAGUCUGACUGAACCGGUGAUAAUGGGGUUGCUAAAAUUUUGGCCGAAAACACACAGUCCCAAGGAAGUUAUGUUUCUGAAUGAGUUGGAAGAAAUAUUGGAUGUUAUUGAGCCUUCUGAAUUUGUAAAAGUUAUGGAAUCUCUGUUCAGACAGUUGGCCAAAUGUGUCUCUAGUCCACACUUCCAGGUGGCAGAGAGGGCAUUGUAUUAUUGGAAUAAUGAGUAUAUCAUGAGUUUGAUCAGUGACAAUGCAGCCAAAAUCCUCCCUAUCAUGUUUCCAGCACUCUACAAAAAUUCCAAAAGUCAUUGGAACAAGACAAUCCAUGGGUUGAUCUACAAUGCACUGAAGCUGUUUAUGGAGAUGAACCAAAAGCUAUUUGAUGAUUGCACACAACAGUACAAGGCAGAGAAGCAAAAAGGGCGGUUCAGAUUGAAGGAAAGAGAAGAGAUGUGGCACAAGAUUGAGGAGUUAGCUCGGCAGAAUCCUCAGUACCCCAUGUAUUGCGCACCCCCACCUUUGCCUCCAAUUUAUUGCAUGGAGACGGAGACCCCCACAACAGAGGACAUACAGCUACUGAAGAAAACGAUGGAAACAGAGGCUGUACAGAUGUUGAAAGAUAUAAAGAAGGAGAAGGUUUUGCUCCGUCGGAAAUCAGAGCUUCCUCAGGAUGUCUACACCAUAAAGGCUUUGGAAGCACACAAGAGAGCAGAAGAAUUUCUCACCUCAAGCCAGGAGGCACUCUGACGGGCUAGGGGGACCCUGGAGGGUACACAGAAAUGCACUUUGUUCUAACAUAUAGCUAGGGAAUGAACAUGGUGACCUGUGCCUGUCCUCCACUCCAUUCUCAUUCUUUCAGGUUCAAUUUGAUUUUACAUUGUACCUCAUAUCCCACCACACUUUCACUUACUCCUGCUUUAAAUAUUUUUAAGGCUGUGUUUUGUGUGCACGUGUGAUGGGAGCCUAGGAACCUGUGAGAAUAUCAUUCCAUUGCAAGGAACAUCCUAAGUUCCUGAAUUUGUAAAAAAAAAUAAUUCUGCAGUCCCAGGACCAAGGCAUUGGGAAUUUUAUGUUUAUCAGUCAUCCAGAGCCCUUGAUUGAUGUCCUCUUUCCACCUAUCACACAACUAUGUGGUCUGCAUAAUGUAAUUUUUAUGUUCUAUUGACUAAACAGGUCAGUAUAGGCAAUUUUCUCUUGGGAAUAAUGUGAUAUAUCCCUCCCAUAAGACUUAGAAUAAAUAGCUAAUCUGAUGGAGACUGCAGCUGCGUUUGGUCAUUAUGAGUAAGGGUGAUAAUGUACAUCCCCCUCCCUGAAAUUGUGUUUGCAUUACCAGCCAUGCAUAAUUCCAAAUCCAGUGAUUUAGAUAAUGCUUUCAAUGAGUUUCACCUUCCAAAUAGAGGCUUGCAGUUGAUCUAUGUGCCUGGCAGCUAUUGUGCAGCUGCUGCAUGAAUGUGUUAUUUGAGUCUUGCUUUCUGCCUAUCUUUGUUAGAACUGGAGGGAGAGUAGCUGUUAAGCACAUUCUCUACUAAUGUCAACUUUCCUUUCAGCUGUUGGGUUUUAGGCUCUGGCAAAUCUUAGAUAGCUUUAUGCAUUUUGCAUAUUGAGAAUCAUAGGCAAAAUUAAAUAAAUAAUGCAGGAAACUCCAAUUUCCAAUUUAUCAACUGAGCUAGUCUUUCCUAGUUAACUCCUCUCCCUGUUGCUAAAUUUCUACUCCCAGUCUCUCGGCUAGCAUGGUUUUGUUUUCAGUGUUUAUAUGUAUUCCAGCUGUUCUAGCCCCAUUCGUCAGUUCAAAAAACCCGACAUCAAGAAGUAGCAGAAAUUCACUUUAGGGAAUAUAUAAAUUUGAAGUAUUCAGAUUUCUUUUAAGUAUGGGUAACCAGAAUAUAAUAGUUACAUUUAUUUAAUAGCUUCUCAUAGUUGAAAAGCUGCUGUCUAAAUUUGGAUCAUGGAAAUCGCACAAGGGGAAGCCUUCGCUAUCCUUUGGUUAAAGAUCUUGUGCUCUACCUUUAGAAAAAUUGUUUCUAGUGAAAUUUAUUGCUCAUUUAGAGGCCCCAUUAUUGGGAAGCAGUGGAAUAUCAGAAAAGUAAUGAUUUUGAAUCGGACUGUGAGGCUUUUUUUCAUGUUCUUGUUUAAAUCUCCAUGUUUGUGAUGUAAUUUUGUCUCGUCUACUUACUUAUACCUUUCUGUUUCCACUGUAUCUUUAAUGACUUGAUUGAAGUUUAUUUGUAGGAUAUUUCAUUUCAAUAUUCACCGAUUUUACCUCUUCAGAGAUAUCUUUUAACUCUUAAAAAACUGAAAUUAAAAAAAAGUUAACGUUUGCCAAUUUUCCAUACUGAUACUCAAGCCACAGGCUGGGUACCUAUAUCAUGCUAUUCUUUUAAACCAUGGAUUAUUGAAUAAAUCACAGUGCCUGGGCUUACCCAUAAUUCAAGCCAAACAAAUUUCAGUCUGAUACAUUCCUCUUCAGUAUUCUUCUCUGUGGAAUUCUUCAUUUUUCCACCAUUUUUGUCCCCUUACUAACAGUCCAUCAGCAUUCCGUGAUCAUUAAGCAUGCCCAAGCUUCACUGGCCUAUUUCUGGAGUUCUCACAAGCUUUUUUCCCCUCCCCUGGAACAUUAUUACUUUGACAACCCUUAUUUUGUGCAUGGUAGUAUUUUAACUACAUGAGGACAGGCACUUUUGAGACUGACGUUAGAAUAUAUGAUGAUGCUAACUUCCAUUGUCUGCUGUCAAAAUACUUUCAAUAUCUGUUGUUCAAGAUGCUCUGUCUGGCUGUAGUUUCUCAUACUAAUAGGAACGUCUUUUAAUCCUCUUGCAAGGUACCAGUUGAAGCAUAUGUGGAAGAAAGUUAAACAGGAACUUAUAACUGAUUUGCGAGAUGUCCCUGAUGGUUCAGUGACAGAAUCAAACAAAAACGAGGCUUCACUUAGUAGCUUGCACAUUCAGCCACUGGUUUUUCAAAGUGUGGUUUAGCUGUGGGAGGAACAAAAGAAAACUUGGAGCUCCUUAACACCAAGAUGUGGUUGUCUGCUUAUCUAUUCCUUUCAAGGUUGGGCUCUGUAAAUGAGAAGGACCAUACGAAAUUAUCCUUCAUUACCCGUAUGUAUGCUACACAGCACUUCUAUGCCUGUUACAGUUUUGCAUAGGUGAAGCAGGGCUGUAAUUGAGCAUCAUAUGCUGUACACUUAGAUGUAAAUAUAGGCUUUGUCUAAUCUUUCUUUGGGAUCAGGGAACUUGUGUUUGGGACCUAAUAUUAAAAUUUAGUUUGCUGCCAAUUCAUUUGAGUGUCCUAUAUAUCUAUCAGAGAAGCUGUAUGUAAAGAGGUUAAAAAAAAAAUCACACUUCAAGCCAAAUGAGCACCUCAGCUACACAACUUCCAGUUAUGCUCUACCUUAAUCUAGCUCUACUUAAAACCCUUGCGUUUGUCCCUAUUUCAGCUUUUACCUUCCCUUACUUUUACAUGGAUAGGGAAGGAGCUGCCUCUUUUGUGUCUUAUACAGCCCUUCCCACGAGGGACGGGGAAAGCAACUAAAUGAUGCAUUCACUCCCUGGACACAAGUAUUAAGCUGCUUUACAAUUCAUUAUGUACAUAUGGUGUACUUUAUUUUCAGUAGAGUAUUACAUAGUAUGACAGUGUUGGAUUUUGUACAGAUGUCCCUGUAUGUACAGAACUAAAUAAAAUGGAUCUCUUGAAAAGAUGA